UAUUUGUUCGAAUUUCUCAGCCAGCGCUCAGCUCUUUUCCUACGUUGUUCCACACUGCGCAGAGCGUUGGCUGUCCAAUAAGGCACGCUGGAUUAUACCCUCUUGAGAUCAUCUCUUACACUCGUUUUUCUACAUGUUUUUCCAUCUCCAAGUUUCUAUUCUUCGUCUUCGUUGGACGAUAUGUGUGUGGGACAGGUUUUACGCACUGGUUUACGUUGAGACGUUGUUUGGACUUCAUUGGUCUUCGAAUACUAUGAAACACACCCUGUCUCAUGGUUGUGCAUACUUUCUUCCGCCACAAGCUGUGCCUAUGUGUGCAACUUGUGGUGCUCUAGGGGGCGUUUCAAGUUUCUUUUGUUUGUUUGGCAUUCAGUGGAGGGUUUGACACCUUUGGGAAUGGGAAGGAAUAUUCGGGGUCAGGCGGAACAGUAGGAUGACGACGGCUGAGACAUUGGUGUUUGGGCAAGGCAGGGGAU